AUGACCAUGGAGCAUGGCGAGGAUUGCAGCGUCAAGGUGGCGGUCCACGUGCGCCCGCUCAUCGGCGACGAGAAGCUGCAGGGCUGUAAGGACUGCGUCGCCGUCGUGCCGGGCAAACCACAGGUCCAGAUCGGCAGCCAUUCCUUCACCUUCGACCAUGUUUACGGCAGCACAGGAACGCCGUCGGCGGCCAUGUUCGACGAGUGCGUCGCGCCGCUGGUCGACGGCCUCUUCCAGGGGUACAACGCUACCGUGCUCGCCUACGGCCAGACCGGAUCAGGGAAGACGUAUACCAUGGGGACUGCCUGCAAGGAGGGAUCGCAUAUCGGGAUCAUCCCACGAGCCAUGGCUGCACUGUUUGACAAGAUUGAGAACCUGAAAAGCCAAGUGGAGUUCCAGUUACGCAUAUCGUUCAUCGAGAUUCUGAAAGAAGAGGUGAGGGAUCUGCUUGACCCUACUGCUGCUACUGUGGGCAAAGUUGAGAAUGGCAAUGGGCACGCAAAACUGUCUGUGCCAGGGAAACCCCCUGUGCAGAUCCGAGAGGCAUCAAAUGGAGUCAUAACGCUAGCUGGAUCGACUGAAGUGCAUGUCAGCACUCAGAAGGAAAUGACUGCAUGCCUUGAACAAGGUUCCCUGAGUCGCGCAACUGGAAGUACCAACAUGAACAACCAGUCAAGUCGUUCCCAUGCCAUCUUCACAAUCACAUUGGAGCAGAUGCGCAAAACAGAUCCCAUCAUGACUGCAGAUGGAAUGCCUAUUGAAGAGAUGAAUGAAGACUAUCUCUGUGCCAAACUGCAUUUAGUAGAUCUUGCUGGAUCAGAACGGGCUAAGAGAACGGGUUCAGAUGGCCUGCGCUUCAAGGAAGGUGUUCACAUCAACCGAGGACUUCUCGCUCUCGGCAAUGUCAUAAGUGCUCUUGGAGAUGAGAAAAAAAGGAAAGAAGGUGCUCACGUUCCUUAUCGGGACAGCAAACUCACUCGUCUUUUGCAGGACUCCCUAGGUGGAAAUAGCAAGACUGUCAUGAUAGCUUGCAUAAGUCCAGCAGAUAUUAAUGCUGAAGAGACAUUAAACACUUUGAAAUAUGCUAACCGGGCACGUAAUAUCCAAAAUAAACCAAUUGUCAAUAGAAAUCCUGUUGCUGAUGAGAUGAAAAGAAUGCGCCAGCAGAUUGAAUAUUUGCAGGCAGAGCUUGUUUCGGCUCGAGGAGGAGUCGCAUCAGAUGAUGUUCAGGGUCUCAAAGAGAGGAUUUCAUGGCUUGAACAAACAAAUGAAGACCUUUGCAGGGAACUAUAUGAUAUUCGCAGCCGGUCUCAGAAUGAUCCAUGUAAACCUGAAAUACAAAGAACUUUAAAUGGCUUUACCAAAAGCGAAGGGCUCAAAAGAAGCUUGCAAAGCACAGAUCCAUUUGAUGUUCCGAUGACUGACUCAGUAAGAGGCAACCCUAAGGAUAUUGAAGAUGAAGUAGCUAAAGAAUGGGAACACACAAUACUGCAGGAUAGCAUGGGCAAGGAGUUGAAUGAAUUAAACCGACAACUUGAGCAAAAGGAGUCUGAGAUGAAAAUGUACGGAUGUGAUACUGUUGCACUUAAGCAGCACUUCGGAAAGAAACUUAUGGAGCUUGAAGAAGAGAAAAGGGCAGUACAGCAAGAGAGGGACAGAUUGUUGACUGAAGUUGAAAGCCUAAAUGCUGAUGGCCAAACGCAUAAACUCCGAGAUGCGCAGCUGCAGAAACUAAAAUCCCUUGAAUCCCAGAUUCUAGACCUAAAGAAAAAGCAGGAGAACCAAGUUCAGCUUUUGAAGGAAAAGCAAAAGAGCGAUGAAGCUGCUAAGAAACUGCAAGAAGAAAUUCAUUUUAUAAAAGCGCAAAAGGUUCAACUACAACACAAAAUUAAACAGGAAGCGGAACAGUUCAGGCAAUGGAAAGCUACCCGUGAGAAGGAACUUCUUCAGUUACACAAAGAGGGACGGAGAAAUGAGUAUGAACGCCACAAGCUUCAAGCACUUAAUCAGCGGCAGAAAUUGGUUUUGCAAAGGAAGACUGAAGAGGCUGCUAUGGCUACCAAAAGGCUAAAAGAGAUACUAGAAGCUAGGAAAUCUUCCGCCCGUGACAGUUCUGCUGGCACCAAUGGUACAUCUCCAGGCUCUAACAUGAGUGAGAGAUCGCUGCAAAAAUGGUUUGAUCAAGAGCUUGAAGUUAUGGUGCAUGUGCAUGAAGUCCGAAAUGAAUACGAAAAACAAAGCCAACUGCGCGCUGCACAUGGUGAGGAGCUUGCCAUUUUGAAACAAGACGAUAUACGAGCUGGUGGAUCUAGCCCCCAAAGAGGGAAGAACGGAAACACUAGGACAAAUACCUUGUCACCAAAUGCAAGACAAGCUAGGAUAGCAUCACUUGAGAGCAUGGUGACAAUCUCUUCAAAUACUCUUGUUGCAAUGGCUUCUCAACUCUCAGAAGCUGAAGAAAGAGAGCGUGCCUUCUCUGGCCGUAGUCGUUGGAAUCAAUUGCGGUCAAUGGGGGAGGCAAAGAGCUUACUGCAGUAUAUCUUUAAUGUUGCUGUUGAUGCAAGAUGCCAAGUAAGGGAGAAGGAAGUGGAGAUCAAGGAAAUGAAGGAACAAAUGACAGAGCUUGUGGGCAUUCUUCGACACAGUGAAUCACACAGAAGAGAAAUGGAAAAGCAGCUCAAGCAAAGAGAACAGAUAGCUCCAAUGGCCACUACACCUCCGAAAAGUGGAAAUGGCACGGCAAAGCACUCUGCUGAUGACCCCAACACACCACUGUCUCCUGUCGCCGUUCCUGCACAGAAGCAGCUUAAGUAUUCUGCUGGUAUUGUAAAUAGCCCCAGCAAAGGGAUUGCUGCGAUAAAAAACGAGCAACUUAAGAUGGUUCCUAUUGCACAGUUGUCUGUGGGGAGGAAAGUUUCAAUAGCAGGGCAAUCAGGAAAGCUCUGGAGGUGGAAAAGGAGCCAUCACCAGUGGCUGCUGCAGUUCAAGUGGAAGUGGCAGAAGCCAUGGAAGUUGUCUGAGAUGAUCCGAAACAGUGAUGAAACAAUCACGAGGAUUAGGCCCAGACCUCAACUUCUUUCACAUAAACCUCAUAAGUGA